AUGGGUAUUGAUUUGAUUGCCGGAGGAAAGAGCAAGAAGACGAAGCGUACUGCGCCUAAAUCAGACGAUGUCUAUCUCAAGCUCCUUGUCAAGGUGUACCGAUUUCUGGAGAGGAGAACGGGGAGCAAGUUCAGUGCUGUGAUUCUGAAGCGGUUGUUCAUGAGCAAAGUGAACAAAGCGCCAUUGUCUCUCUCUCGUCUGAUCCGAUUCAUGGAUGGAAAGGAUGGAAAGAUUGCUGUUCUUGUUGGCGCUGUAACUGAUGACGUAAGAGUCCACGAUGUUCCUGCUCUUAAAGUGACCGCACUGAGGUUCACCGAGAGAGCUAGAGCAAGGAUCGAGAAGGCUGGUGGAGAGUGCCUGACAUUUGAUCAGCUCGCUCUCCGUGCCCCACUUGGUCAGAACACGGUGCUACUGAGAGGUCCUAAGAACGCACGUGAAGCAGUGAAGCACUUUGGACCAGCACCUGGAGUGCCACAUAGCCACAGCAAACCUUAUGUGCGUAACACUGCUGGUACAAAGUUUGAGAGAGCCAGAGGAAGAAGAAAGAGCAGAGGCUUCAAGGUCUAA